AUGGCCGUGGACAACCUGACUGGCCCCAACACGGCCUCCUUCACUCUCUUGGGCAUCCCUGGACUUGAGCCGUACCACGUCUGGAUCAGCAUCCCGUUCUGCCUCAUCUAUCUCGUGGCCAUCGUGGGUAACAGCAUCCUUCUCUACCUCAUUGCAGUGGAGCACAGUCUUCAUGCACCCAUGUUCUUUUUCCUUGCUAUGCUGGCUGUUACUGAUCUUGUAUUGUCUACCACCUGCGUCCCCAAAACUCUUAGCAUCUUCUGGUUGGGUCCCCAGAAAAUCAGUUUUCCUGGCUGUCUCACACAAUUAUUCUUUCUGCACUACAGCUUUGUUCUGGACUCGGCCAUCCUGAUGGCCAUGGCAUUUGACCGCUACGUGGCCAUCUGCUCGCCCUUGAGAUACACCACUAUUCUAACCCCCAAGACCACUGUCAAAAUGGCUGUGGGAAUCUUCUUGAGAAGCUUCUGUGUUAUUGUCCCAUGUGUUUUCCUUGCACAUCGUCUCCCCUUCUGCGGGACACGUGCCAUCCCUCACACGUACUGUGAGCACAUCGGUGUCGCCCGGCUGGCCUGUGCCGACAUCGCCGUCAAUAUCUGGUAUGGCUUUUGUGUCCCCAUCAUGACGGUCGUCUCAGAUGUGGUCCUCAUUGCUGUCUCCUACGUCCUCAUCCUCUGUGCUGUCUUCCGCCUCCCCUCCCAAGAAGCUCGCCAGAAGGCCCUGGGCACCUGCGGGUCCCACGUCUGUGUCAUCCUCAUGUUCUACAUCCCAGCGUUCUUCUCCAUCCUUGCUCAUCGCUUUGGACAGAAUGUCCCUCGUGGCUUUCACAUCGUGUUUGCCAACCUCUAUGUCAUCAUCCCACCUGCCCUCAACCCUGCCGUCUACGGAGUGAAGACCAAGCAGAUCCGAGACAAAGUCAUUCUUCUGCUCUUUCCUAAGAAGUCCUAUUGA